AUGUCAUUCAGUUCCAGUAGAAGGUCUGUCGUUCACUCUACCAAAGGUAUAGUUACUUGCUCACAGCCGUUAGCUGCAGCUGCUAGUAUAAAGAUUUUAGAAUUUGGCGGAAACUCAAUCGACGAUUCUAUUGCGGUAUCUGCAUGUCUGUGCGUCCUAGAACCAGCCUCUACUGGUGUUGCAGGAGACACUUUUUUGUUGCACUUCGAUUCACAGACAAACAAAGUCAUUGGGCUGAACGGCACGGGAAGGACACCUCUCAAUUUAACAUAUGAAAAACUCCUGAAACUUAGAGCUGUGGAACCCACAGCAUGCCGUCUUCCGUUCAACUGGGUUCAUGCUGUUACUGUCCCAGGUGCUAUUGCUGGUUGGCUUGAUGCGUUAGAGAAACUUGGUUCUGGCCGCAUAACGUUGAAGCAGAUCUUUCAGCCGGCCAUUGAUUUCUGUGAGGGUGGCCAUCCAAUUAGUGAGAUAUCUGCCUAUUUAACACAAACCUGCUGGACGAACCUGCAGGCACAAAAUGCAGAAAACUUGAACUUGAUUCAGUGCUUCGCUCCUGUGAGCAAUCCCACGGAACCACCCAAGGACGGUGAUUUCGUGAAAAUCCCUCAGCUAGGCCAAGUCUUUCGCGCUGUGGUCUCCAACGGUAAGGAUGGUUUUUACGCUGGUCCGGUGGCAGAUGCGAUUGUUGAUGAGUUGAGCCAAAGAGGUGGGCUUCUCACCAAAGAAGAUCUUGCGAACCUUACAUCCACGUUUGUUGAACCUAUUUAUUUAGAUCUCCUCGGCCAUCGCAUCUGGCAGAUUCCUCCCAACGGGCAAGGCCUUGUCGUGCUGCUGGCCUUGGGAUUUAUCUGCGAGCUGCAUAAAGAAGGAAUCAUCAAUCUCUACAAACUCGAGCAGAACUCUCCGGAAUACCUCCACCUCAUCAUUGAGUGUCUUAAGCUGGCAUUUUAUGAAUCUGAUGAAUAUGUAUCGGACCCUCAAUAUCAGAAUGUCGAUGUUUUACACACACUAUUAACCGAGACUUACCUUAAAUCGAGAGCCAAGCUCUUCAACAAAAAUGGUAUUCUUGACUCCAAUUCCAUUUUACACGGUGUUCCCAACACACACUGAAAUCAAUCCGAUACUGUUUAUUUCACUGUCAGUGACCCUGAAGGCAACGCAACAUCUUUCAUCAAUUCGCUCUACGUGGAGUUUGGAUCUGCCAUUGUGCCCAGAAAAUUAGGAGGAUUCGCACUACAAAAUUGAGGUGCCAAUCUGAACCUCACAGAAGGCUCUAAAAACUUUCUAGAGCCCAAUAAGAGAGCUUAUCACACUAUAAUCCCCACAAUGAUCACUGAUACCGAGACUGGUGAAUUGGUCUACAGUCUAGGUAACAUGGGGGGGUUCAUGCGCCCAUGUCCAGCAUUUCCUGAAUUUGAUUUUGUUUGGAAUAUCUCCACAGCAAUCUCUUGACUCACCAAGGGUCUGCUUAUCUCCCCAUCCAAAGUAUAUUAAUCUGGAUCGUGGUCUGGGUGCCAAUGGUCCGGUUUCAACGCCUGUGACGCUGGUUUCGGUGGAAGAUGACAUCCCGCAAGCUUCGAUAUAUGGAUUACAAGCCCUUGGUCACGACGUAGAGAUUCGAAGUGGUAUGGCGAGGGCGUUAUUUGGAAGAGGUCAAAUAAUCAAGAAGACAAAGCUUCCAAACGGCAAUGGCUUUAUGUACUCAGCGGCUAGUGACAAACGUGGAGACGGGUGUGCCAUACCUUUGGUAUAA